AUGUUUUCACUUCGACCGCUGCAGCGUGCAGCACCCUCGCCUUUUCGUGUAUGCUCAGGCUGCCUGCGCAAGUACUCCAUCGCCUCGCCAGCGAGACAGAAUGCCGGCAAGAACCAGAAGCAGGUGAUAUUCUCGGGGAUCCAGCCCACCGGCGUACCGCAUCUUGGAAACUAUCUCGGCGCACUGCGGCAAUGGGUCAAGCUGCAAGAUGAGGCAUCUCUGGAUACAACGCUUCUUUUCUCAAUAGUUGAUUUGCACGCGAUUACGAUAAAACAAGAUCCGAGCGAAUUGGCAAGAUGGCGGAAAGAGAUGCUGGCUAGUCUGCUGGCAGUGGGACUUGAUCCGAAGAGAUGCAUCAUCUUUGCGCAAAGCAGUGUGAAGCAACAUGCAGAGUUGAUGUGGAUCCUGAGUUGUGGUGCAAGCAUGGGCUAUUUGGGCCGGAUGACCCAGUGGAAGAGCAAGCUCUCCUUACCAUCCAAUGCAUCUCCUCUCGAUCCCUCCAACAACAAAGACGCCCUCAAACUCGGUCUUUUCUCGUACCCAGUCCUACAAGCCGCAGACAUCCUCCUCUACAACACGACCCACGUCCCAGUUGGUGAAGACCAAGCGCAGCAUCUCGAGUUCACGCGCGAGCUGGCCAGUGGCUUUAACCACGUCUACUCAGAGUCACAGCCUCUGUUGACUGUUCCACAAACACUUCUGAGUCCCGCGAAACGAGUCAUGAGUCUGACUGAACCAACAAAAAAGAUGAGCAAGAGCGACCCGAAACCGAAGAGUCGUAUCUUGAUAACAGACUCAAGAGAGGAGAUACAUGCCAAGUUGAAGACGGCAUUGACAGACUCUAUUGAGGGAGUGAGUUAUGACCGCGAGACCAGACCGGGUGUGACAAACCUAGUGGAUUUGAUGUAUCAUUUCGAUGAGUCGCUCGCUGCGUCGCCGGAAGAUCUAGCGAAUGACUUGAAAAACCUCAGCAUGCGGGCUCUAAAAGAGAAGGUCGCUGAUACCGUUGAUCUCGGCAUCAAGGAUACAAGAGAAUGUUACCAGGAAUUGAUGAGUGGAGAUCAGAAGGAGCUUAUAGGGCAUGUAGAGGAGGGAGCGCAAAGAGCAGAGAACAUUGCCGAGAGCACCAUGGAGAGAGUCAGAAACGCUAUGGGCAUUGUCUUCGGCGACUACACCACACUCGCAUCCUCAAACACGACGUCAAAGCUCGUGACAAUGCCACACGCAACUAAAAUAUUCUUACCUGAAUCUACCGAGAAAGUUUUCCAGGAGCUUCUCGAGUACAUAACCGGAAAAUCGCCAGACAACGAGGUCAUCAAAUCACUACUCAGUGAAGGUGGCUGGGUUCCUGGAGAAGGCCCCGACGCCAACGACAACGGCAACAACAACAACAACAACAACAACAACGACGAUGAUGAUGACGACGACGACGACAACGACGACAACAACAACGACAACAACAACGACAACAACAACGACGACAACGACGACGACAACGAAGGUACCGGUGACUGGCGUUGCACUCAAUGCAACGGAAUAAGGACAUCUGAGGAAACAAAAUGCCCAACAUCGCUCUGCGAGGGCGUCAAUCACAAUGCCAUUUUGGAAUAUAUAUACGGAACGGGAUUUGAUUUCGGCAAAGUUCAGAAAAAGGGCUGGCGCGUGCUACUUGCGAAGCUCAGCGGGACAAAGAUAGCAUUUCGAGAUUCAAAGCAGGACGGAAAAUAG